AUGACACUCACUCUCCUCUCCGUGAAUAUCAUCACUAUUCAAACUCUUACGGCAAUCACCAUGAAGGUCCAACUCGCCUUUCUCCUAACGGUCUUGAGCACCGUCUCCGCCGGUCCCUGUCAAGCUGCUACAACCACCACCGCUCCGUCAAUCACAACCAUCGCGCCGUCCUGCACUUUUACGGGCACCCAGACAAAAUGGGCCACCAGCGGAUGUGAUCUCUCUUGCGACACGAGCGCUUUCUGCAUUUACGACGCUGCCGUAACUAAGUCUUGCGGCUGCUCAUCUGUGCCGAUCACGGUGACGACCGUCACCCUUUGCCCGACGAGCACGCCGUGCAUGCAGUGCACCACUGGUUGGGGAACUUUUACGUAUACGGCACCUUGUGAGGCUACUGCGACUCCUUGA